AUGGAUCCCCGGAAUUGUUGUCAGAUGCCACUGCUGCUACCGCAACCUGUUGUCCAGCUGUGCAUGAAGCGCCCAAUACCUCCUUUGUUGCCCGAAGAAGUUGACCCAUUGCCUUACAAUUGUCUGGCCGAAUGUUCCCUCAAUGUCACCCGUAUCCUGAUGAUGAAACAGUUUCGUGUUGAACAGGCCCGUAAAGUAUUACUGGCACGUGUUGGCAAUGAUCCGGCCUGGACGGAAGUCAUCGAACGUGCUGUGGCCAGGUGUUACAAACAACAGAUUCUGAAUUCAUUCUAUUUACAAGAUGUGGCUCAGAACAGAAUCUCCUCCCAGUGCGUUCCAUCGUCUGCCGCAUUCAUGGGAUGCGUAUUUGCCAUAAUGUACCGGCGUAUGCUUUUGCCACUGUUUCCGUAG